UGCCUGGAGGAGAAACAUUAGCCCAGUCAGAGCAGACGGCCGGCAGUGAUCAGAGCACCUCCAGGCUGGCAGAUGUGGAAGGAGCGCGGUGCAAGUUCUAGUCCUGGGUGUCUGGCCCGGUGAUUCAGGAGCAGGAGGAAGCAGUGGAGAGGAGGGCCAUGGGGGUGAGCCUGGGCCAGGAUGUCGGCCGGCUCCUGCCUUUCCUGUUCUUGCUGCUGAUGAUCGCGGUGUCACCCGCCCAGAGUCAAGGAUGUCCCCAGCGUUGUGAGUGCAUCGCGAAACUCAAGACUGUGUCCUGUUAUGGUAAGCGCCUGUCCGCGCUGCCAGACGGCAUCCCACUCGACACCAAGAUCCUGGACCUGAGCGUGAAUAAACUUCGCUGGGUGGAGCACGGCGACCUGCUCCCGUAUUCACGUCUCGAAAAGCUGGACCUGAGUGAGAACGUGAUCAGCGUCCUGGAACCGAACGCUUUUUCGAGUCUCCAGAACCUCCAGUCGCUUUCGCUGAGGGGCAACCAAUUGAAACUGGUCCCCAUGGGGGCUUUCUCCCGUCUCUCCAACCUAACAAUGCUGGACCUCAGUGGGAAUAAGAUUGUCAUUCUUUUGGACUUUACUUUCCAAGAUCUGAAAAGUCUGAACAACCUGGAAGUCGGAGACAAUGAUUUAGUUUACAUUUCCAACAAGGCCUUUCUGGGUCUGGUGGGGCUAAGGGAGCUGACCAUUGAGCGGUGCAACCUGACUUCUGUGUCCGGCCAGUCGUUGUCUUACCUGCACAAUCUGGUGACUCUUCGGCUCCGCUACCUCAGUAUCUCCACCUUAGAGGACCAGAACUUCCGUAAGUUGGGGACCCUGAGGGGCCUCGAGAUCGAUCACUGGCCCUUUUUGGAGCACAUUUCCCCUCACAGCCUGCAAGGGCUUAACUUAUCUUGGCUGUCGAUAACUCACACUAACAUCACCUCCGUGCCCACCUCUGCCCUCCGCAGUCUGGCUCACCUCACCAGCCUGAACCUCUCCUACAACCCCAUCUCCGUGUUGGAGUCCUGGGCCCUGCGGGACCUCGUUAGGCUGAAGGAGCUUCAUCUGGUCAACACAAAUCUGGUGGUCGUGCAGCCGUAUGCCCUGGGCGGUCUCAGACAAAUCAGCCUUCUUAACCUCUCCACUAACGGCCUGGUGUCCCUGGAAGAGGGGGCCUUUCAGUCCGUCAACACUCUGGAGACGCUGCGUUUGGACGGGAACCCUCUGGCCUGCGACUGCCGCUUGCUUUGGAUCCUUCAGCGUCGGAAGACCCUCAAUUUCGACGGCGCCUCCCCGGUGUGCAUGACGCCCGUGGAGGUGCAGGGACGGGCCCUCGACGCUUUCUCCGACUCGGCUCUCUUCGAUCACUUCACUUGCCAGAAGCCCAAAAUCCGCAACAGGAAACUGCAGCAGGUUUCUGCCCGCGAGGGCCAGGUCGUGUCGUUCAUCUGCAGAGCGGAAGGCGAGCCGGCGCCGAUGAUUUUCUGGAUCUCGCCGCAGCGCCGGCGCAUCACCACAAAGAGCAGCGGCCGCCUGACCGUGUUACCACAGGGCACAUUAGAAAUACGCUACGCCCAGGUCACCGACAGCGGGACCUACAUCUGCAUAGCCAGCAACGCCGGCGGAAACGACACCUAUUUCGCCACGCUCACGGUGAGCGGGCUGCCGCUCGACGCCGCCCUCAUGGCGAACCGCACGUACUACGCAGGGGACCUGAAUGACACCAAUCUGAACGACACCAGAGUCUUCUUGAAGUUCACUCUGGACCUCAAGACCAUCCUCAUAUCCACCGCUAUGGGCUGCAUCAUGUUCCUGGGGGUGGUGCUCUUCUGUUUCAUUCUGCUGUUUGUGUGGAGUCGAGGGCGAGGGCAGCACAAGAACAACUUCUCAGUGGAGUAUUCCUUCAGGAAGGUGGAUGGACCCGCUGCCAGUGGAGGACAGGGUGGGGCGCGCAAGUUCAACAUGAAAAUGAUUUGAUUUUAUUUUUGUUGGGGGGUGGUGAUCUGUUUCUCUCGUUAGUAUUCUUACCUUGAUACUGUUUACAAGCUCGAGGGACAAAAUGCUGACGAAGGACCUUUGUUCUUGCAAAAAAAAAACGAAAUGCAAGUUAUUCGCGGGACAUUUUAUUGAGACGAGGUUUUGCUAUUAAAAGUGUUGUGUGUGUAUAUAUGAGAAAAGGGGAACAUCUGCAUGGGUUUGAUAUAUUUAUAUUGCUUUUGUUGUGUGUUCACGUUGUCGUGCAGAGCAAACCUGGAUUUUUGAAAGUAUAAAGAUGUCUCCGAAUCUCGAACAGACUGUUAAAAGACCAAGCGGUCUUUAACGUCGACAAAAUGCCUCGCCAAUUCCAUCCUUCCGCUCCACAAGGAACUCUUUAAAGGACUUCACCUCUGUGCUCCGUCUGAGGUUGUUUUUCGCUCUCUAUCCUUAAAACCCAGGAAUAUAUCAUAACCCGGUGGUGCUCAACGAAUGCCAAGGACUUGCCAAUAUGUAUUUAAAUAGUUCCAGCUAUAUACUGCAUAUUUAAACUUAUUUACAGUCAGGACUUUAGGGCAGUAUUGCGACAUAAAUACAGAGGCUCUACUUUCUUUCUUUUUUUGCUAGUGGUGGGUUUGUACAGAGUGCAAUAAGACACCAAGAGACUCACGCAACACUGCCAAUUUGACCGUAAAGCACCAUGUGACGAGGUGGAGAGAGGGUUCUUCUCAUGGGACUCCACCAAAAGAGGGUCAAAAAACAACAAAAAAACAGGACACUAAAGGUAGAGCUACAAUUAAAAGGACCCAAAAGCACAUUCGUGUGGUGACAAAUCAGAACAUGGAGAUGCACACCUGCUCUUAUUGUUUAUUCAGUACACGCUGUACAAGGCUCCAUAGGACUGUGUGUAAAAAGCAUGUGCAGAGUUGGAUAACGUGCAUCGUUUGUGAAUGUGUUGGGGUGCGUUCACCCCACUGUUGAUCAUACUGUAUAGGUAUAGGAUUUAUGCUGUAUAAGAUGUAUUAUAUAUUUUGUAAUCAAAACCUUGUGGUUGUUUCUAGUACUGUUGAGUGAUCAAUCCAGCUGUUUUCUGUUCUACUGUUAAAGUGUCUUUUUUUCAAAUCAUCGCUAUGCUGUCCACCUUCUCCGUCGGAUCCCCCGAGCUCACAAGACAAAGCAUGAAGGGCGUUUGAACCAGGGGUCAGCUCACUUGCCUAUUUUUGGCUGCAAGUGUCAGUGUGAGGCUUGGCUGACCCUCGGAGGGAGGUGGGGGGUGGGAGGGGUUCACCGGGUUCACCGCAUGGACCUCGGUGUGUUACGCGGGGGAGUGAAAGAAAUGCAAAUGUAACUCUUUUUUUUUUUUUUUUUUAAACCCGCAGACUGGAACAAAGGUCGAGACGAAUCUGAGCCAGAGAAUUCAUUGAAUAUAAUGUAAUUCCAUUUUUUUGGUUCCUUAACAUUGAUUUGUAGUCACGGCACGUACAGUAAAUGCAAAUGUGUCAUUGUUGGGCCUUGUGAAGCCAUCUGUGAUAGUUUCAGGACCGCAACUUCAAAAUGUAAUUUGCAGGGAGUGAGAAUACAGGUGACCUGCUGACACUAGUCACACCUUAUCUCUCGGUCUGUGGGUUAAGACUUCCAAUACACUCUUCCUGUCCACUUAACGGCUGCAGCUCUGACAGUGUUACUCUGCUGCCCUCUGCUGGCUGGAGAUGGUACUGAAUGGUUCACUAUUAAUUACAGCUCUGUGCGAUUUGACCUCCACAACCUUUAGGACUUAAUAGCAAGCCAGUUGUUCAGUUUCCCCGAAGGCAACUGUGAAGGUGUGUUGAAGGGCUGACCUGGUACCAGUUGUGUGGGAGGGGAAAAAAUGAUGUUGAAUUAUGACUCAAAUUACUUGAUAUAGGGGGGGGAGGCCCCAUAUUACUUCAUUUAGUGUUUGUGUUCCUCCGCAUCUGCACCGCACAACACAUUUUACAGAUUAAACUCACAAUAUGGAGUUAUUAAGAACGAACAGUGAAUCAGUUCCUGGCUGCAUUUUUUUGGUAAUGUAAACAACUGGAGAUACUUUUAAAUUGUCCUUAAACUGAAUUCAUCCUGUAAAUAUGGAAACCAUUGUGUCUGGGAGUUGUGUUAGACGUUUUUUGUAUUGUAUUGUUUUAUAUUUAAAAAAAAAAUGAAGCACACUGUUUAUAAAGCAUGCUAUGUUAUCUGCUGUGAUGAUGUCUUUGCCCUGUCCUAUUAUAUUUUAUUUUAAUUAAUUCGUCACCUGGUCACUCAACUGUUACGGUGGAAGUCUGAGACAUCACACCUGUGACCCCGUCACUGUGAACAUUUUGUGUUGCAAGUCUUUUUUUUAUUUUGAUCUGUUUAUUUUAUUUUUUUCAAGGUUUUUGUCAUGUCAUGACUCACUCAAGUUAAUGAUGUACGUAGGUACCUCCUUAACUGCAUGAGGAGAGGGAUUAUUGUUCAUUUUC